GGCAGCCUGGGAGCUCUGCCGCUCUGCCUGGGGCUGGUGUUGGGGGCGCACCCGUUACUUCACCCCAGGACGCGGGCUGCCCUGGCCCUCUUUCUCCAGCCCCAUGUCGCUGCCGAUCUGCGGGCUGGGGCCUCCGUCCCCACCGCAGGCACCCUAACUUGGUCUCUGGUUCCGUGCGUUGGGACUGCCCCUGCUGGGCACAGGGCCGAGGCUGGGCCCGGGAGCCACGUGGGCUUGUUCUCUGUCCGCAGCGCCGUGGGGAAGACGUGCUUGCUGAUCAGCUACACGACCAACGCCUUCCCCGGAGAGUACAUCCCCACCGUUUUCGACAACUACUCUGCCAAUGUGAUGGUGGACGGGAAGCCUGUUAACCUGGGGCUGUGGGACACUGCCGGGCAGGAGGACUACGACCGGCUGCGGCCACUCUCCUAUCCCCAAACUGAUGUCUUCCUGAUCUGCUUCUCCCUGGUGAGCCCGGCCUCUUUUGAGAAUGUUCGUGCCAAGUGGUACCCAGAGGUGCGGCACCACUGCCCCCACACACCCAUUCUCCUGGUGGGCACCAAGCUGGACCUCCGUGACGACAAGGACACCAUUGAGCGGCUGCGGGACAAGAAGCUGGCGCCCAUCACCUACCCACAGGGCCUGGCCAUGGCCCGAGAGAUCGGCUCUGUCAAGUACCUGGAGUGCUCAGCCCUGACCCAGCGGGGCCUGAAGACGGUGUUUGACGAGGCCAUCCGGGCCGUGCUCUGCCCGCCCCCAGUGAAGAAGCCGGGGAAGAAAUGCACGGUCUUCUAGGGCCCUUGCCCCCCAGGGCCUGGGGCUGGAGAGGAGCAGCCCUCGCCCCGUCUGCUGUUGUGUUGAGAUGUCUGGUGUCCCUGAGUCUGCUGUGGGGGAGUGGUGCGGGUGGGGAGGGGAGAAGCAUGGGGACAAGGCUGGGGUGGCGGGGUCCCGUCCUCUCUGCCUCUUCUUUCUGGGGUUCGGCUCCAGCCUUCCUUGGCCCCCAUGGGAGGCCAGGAGGGAGCAGGGUCUCCCUCAGGGCUGCAGGGUUGGGUCCAGGGCAGCCCCAGGAUGGGCUUCCCUGACAGGGGGAGGGUGGCGGGUGGGUUCUGUCCUUUGCACCCAGAACAGGGCGGCCCCUUCUGAUUUUAUACAAUAAACGUUCUCUACCAACA